AUGGGAAAUACUUUGAUUGAUAAUAGAGGAAGACUUGAUUUAAUGAAAUCUUUUGAGACUCACAACACUGAAUAGGACAUUGGAGUUAGAUAAAGAAGAUUAUCCGACAAUAAACUUUUUAAGUCCAUACAUUACAAAAUGCAUCAUCAGAAUUUAGUUGUUAAAGUAUACUUAAUUUUAAAACAAUUAACAAAUAAUGAACUUUAUAUCCAUUUCUAAAACUUUCAAUAUUUAAUGGAAUAAUUUGAUCCAUUUCCAAAUCUAAUGGCAUUUCGUGGAUUAAUAAAUUUUGGUAAAAUAGAGAAGCCAUCUCCAUAAGAAAUGUAGAAUGAAUGUAAUAAAGAUUAUUUAGCUGUUUCACGUUAAAUGUUAUAUAUGACACUUGAAGAAAGACUUUAGUCCAAUUAUAAACUUCCAAAAUGCUUUCUGAAUUUUUACACUUUAUAAUUAUUAAGUGCUGUAAAAACAUUACAUAAUCUAAAUUGUUAUCAUGGUCAUAUACGUUCAUCAAAUAUUCUACUUACUAGUUUAGAUUAUUUAGUUUUGACUGACUUUGCAUCAUAUAAACCAUACUAUACUAAUGAAUUUGAAGUCAUAAGAAAUGUUUAUGAAUCAUCUAUUCAAAAAUGUACAUUAGCUCCUGAGAAAUAUGCUGAUAAUCAAGAAAUACAAUCUAUUGUCAAUCUUACUAAAGAAUCAAUCUAAAAUUUAUAAAAAAUGGACAUGUUUUCAAUAGGAUGUGUCAUUUAUGAAAUUUAUACAGGUGAAUGUUUAUUUACAUUUUAAUAACUAUUAUAAUAUCGUAAAAGAGAAUUUGAUCCACUUAUCAAAGUUGAAGGGAUCAUAAGAAAUUUAAUAUCUAAUCUAAUUGAUUUAAAUGCAAAUAAACGUUAUACUGCAUAAGAAGCAUUUAAUAUAUUUUAUAAUUCAAUUCGUGAAGAUGAUACUUAUGAAUUAAUUCAAAAGGUUUGUUAUGCCAUUAAUUUUAAAGGAGAGUUUAUGUAUCCUGAUCUCAGAAUUGCUUUAUUCAGAGAAAUUGUUACUUCGCUUUAAUCUAAAUAAUGGAAUUAUGUUAUGCCAAUCCCUUUAUAAUUUAUUUCUUUGAAAAAAUUUAUUGAUAUAAAUAUUAAAUCAGAUCAUCCAGAUAAAUUGUCUGAAAUAAAAUUAGAAACUCCUAAAAAUAGUAAUACAUUGGCAGGCUAAAUUGAAAAUUCAGAAAACUUAAUUUAUAAAUAUUAAAGUGAAAUUUAAAACUCAGAUGAUGAUACUAAUUCCUUACUUACAAAAAAUAAAAUUAUGUCUUAGAAUUUUUAAAAAAUUUUAGGUUAGAAAUCCAAAUAAAGUGGUCGAAAUGUAUUAUUUGAUAGUGUAAAGAAUAAUAUUAAUAAAAGAUAGAAUGAAUACAUCUUAUUUAUAUUAUGGAUAUUUAAUUCAAUUAGGAAUUGUAGAUUUUUAUAAACCAGAUUAUGUGGUUUAGAAUUAGUGGAAUAUUUUCUAGAAUUCAUCGAUGAUUCAUCAAUGUAUACACUCAUCAUUCCUAAUUUGGGUUAAUUUUGUGAAGAUUAUGAAGGAUAAACAUAACUAUAUGCCUUUUCUAUUUUUUUAGAUUUAUUGAAAAGAAGAACUUAUCCAUAUAGUUCUUAAACUGAAGCACUCAUUUUUAAAUUAUAUAGUUGGGAAUAAAUUAAAACUAGAUUACAAGAUAUGAGUUAAAAUCCAAUGUUAGGGAUUAAGAUUGGAGAUAUAGCAGAAGUUUUAUAAUUAUAAAAUAGAAUUGAGGAGAAGGAUCAUUUCUUAUAAAUAAUAUAAAAAAAAUUAUAAGAUGAUAAUUAAGAAGAAUCUAUUAUCAUAAUUUAGAAUAUUAAAAAUGUAUUCAAAUACUAUGACACAUUUUAAACGGUGGAAAUUAUGAAACUUUUAAUUGCAUCAUUGAAUAAAUCCUAUCUUAAAAUUCCAUUAUUGGAAGUAGGAUUUGAUAUUCUAAAAUAUUAUGCAAAGACAGAUAUGAAGAAAGCAUUCUUAACUUGUUUACCAUUGAACACCAUAUAAGAAUAGGCUCUUUUUUAUACUUUAAGAAUGUUGAGGAAAGCUUCUGAUUAAUAAUUGCUUGAAGUAGAUUAAAUUAAAUUGUUUAUAAAAGAAAUAUCUCCAUUAGUUUUACAUCAUAAUAGAUGGGUUAGAGAUGAAGCCUAACAUUUUAUUACUAUUUAAUUAAAAACUUUUAACAGCUUAGAUAUUUAUUUACAUAUACUUCCUCAUAUUAAAAAGUAUUUAAAAGAGGAUGUGCCUCAUUUGGAUGAAGAAAUUUUUAAAAAUUUAGUUUAGAAGCCCAUAAGUUAAAAGUUUUGGUAGGAGAAUCAUCAGUUUGAAAAUUAUGUAAAUUUAAAUAGACUUUAGUAUAAUUAGAAAAAUUAUUUAGAGGAGUAUAUAUUGAAAUCAAAACGAUACUCUGAAACCUCUACUUAAAAAACUAAUCAAAUUUAAAAGCUGCCAUCAUCAAAUGUUUCUUAAAAAUUAUUUGAGUUUUUUGAAGCAAGUUUUAAAUUAAAUUUCUUUAAAUAAAAUGCUUAUAAUAUUUUCAAAGAAUAUAUUAAAAAAUAGAAAACUUGGGAUGAUUUCAAUAAUUUUAGCGAAAUUAACUUUGGAAUAGAUUUAAAAAAUCAUGAAAAUUAUGAGAAUUUCAAAAACAAAUUUUUCGAGUUAUAAUAAUUUAAAUCUAGCACUUAAUGGAUCAAUUUUAUCAGUUUUAAUAUUAUUAUGAAUUAAUUUAUAUAGAAAUCGUAUUAAAUCCAAUAGACUGAAAUUAAAUAUGAAAAAAGUGUAUAACGAAAGAUUGUAAAAUAAUUCAAAUUAAAAAAUUAAUUAGUCACUACUAUUCCUGAACACAAAGACAUAGUGACAUCCUUAUAAAAAUAUAGUGAUCAAAACAGAUUUAUUUCAGCCUCUUAUGAUGGAACAAUAAGAUUUUAUGAAAUGAAUAAAAUUUAAGAAGAUUUUACUUGUGGUAGUUUGCAUUCAAUACAAAUAAUGGAUGAUCAAAAUAAGCUUGAAAGAUUAAAUACUAUAUGUGUUUUAGAAGGAGCAGAUAGUUUUAUUGUUGGUACAAACUCUGGUUAAGUUAGUUAAUAUAAGAAUUAAGUAAAAGUAACAUCUUUUACAAAAGCUGAUUCAGGAAUAAAGAAAAUAGUAGAUUAUGAUAAUGCCUUUUGUUAUGUGACUGAAAAAGGAUCUUUGAUUCUUGAAGAUAUCAGAACAAGAAGAACUUAAUAAUUAAGUGUCAAUACUAAAUGCGGUUUAGCGUCUAGUUUAAUUCAUGAUAAUAAUUAUACAAUGUUAAGCACAGUUAAUGGUUUUUUAAUAUUAUAUGAUAAUAGAUGUAUGAUGUAAAUGAAUAUAUAUCAAUUAAUGACUAAAGAUGAUAAACCAUUACCAAUCUUUAAUUUAUCUUAAAUGAAUCGAAAUUCAUUACUAGAAGGAUUAAAUUCAACUAGUGAUAAAUUAAUUGCCAUUGGUUAUUAAUCCUUAAAUAACGAGGUUGCAUUCUUUGAUAUCAAUAUCAAUAAAAACAUAAUACAACCAACUUUAUUUUUACAUUGUUCUUAGAAUAAGAAUACUUAAAUAGAGAUUCCAAAGCUUAAGUCGGUUUUAAAUGUAGAAAAUAUUUUAGAAUAGCUAAAAAGAAAUCGGAUAGAUAGAAGCUAAAAUGAUAGUUAUUAUUAAAGACAAUUUCUAAUCUAGAAAUAAAAUAUGAAUUUAUCUUCUAUUUCUGUGAAAAAAUAAUUAAUAGACAAUAUGUGGAAAAACUACGUAGAUUAUUCAUUUGAUGACACAACCAGUAUAACAUCUUUGUUAUGUUUGAGCGGUAGAGGAUAUAAUCAAAGAUUAGAAAAUACUAUAAUUACAGCUACUAAAGAUAGAAGUGUUUAAAGCUGGACUUUGAAUAGUGAUGCUAAUAAAUAUGAGUUAGUAAAAUAAUUUCAAUAAUAAAGGAAUUCCAAACUAAUGUGAUUUGUUCGCCAUAUAAUUCAAAUAGGAAAUUCAAAUAAUAUAUGAAGGGCAAUGUUUUCAUAAUUGAGGAUUAUGAAAUUAGAAAUCCUCUAAAUACUUUUAAUCAAAUAGAACAUUAAGAUAGAAUAACUGACAUGAUUUAUUUAGACGGAGAGGAUGGUUAUCUUAUUACUGGUAGCAAAGAUCAUACAAUCAAAAUAUGGAAAUGA